AUACUUUUUGAAAAAAAAAUGACAACUCAAAGAAAAUUAUUUUUAUUUUGAAAACAUUUAAGUAUUUAAGAUCAUGUUUUGUUAUACAAAAAUGGUUUAUUUAUUAAAAAAUAAACACUAUUUUCACACCAGCAAUAAUAUAAAUUCUAAAGCUACGAAAGUAAUGGGAAAAAUAAUGGGAAUGAACAAAAAAAAGAAAAACUUCAUGUACAACGGUUCUCCUUUGCUGCCUAGUACUAGCUUGUUUGAUAAAACCCCAAUAACAACUAAAAUUACUGGAAAUCCAAAACGAACUCAUGUAUUGAACAAAUUAUUCAUGCGUCACAUAACUGAUUUGAUGGCAACAGGAGAAUAUUCCUCUCAACUCUUUGGAUAUGGAAUUGAAGUGAAUAAAGUAAAAAUUACAACGGACUAUAAGAUUUUGAGAGUUUAUUGGGUUUCGAAAGAAUCUAGUGACGAUAAUGCUGUGGAGCAACUAUUGAAAAAAAACGCUGGGUCUCUCACUCACGAACUAUCUCAACUCAGAGUAAUGGGGAGAGUUCCAAAUAUAACUUUUAUCAAAGAUAAAGAAUAUUUUAAAGUGCUGGAAGUAGAAAAAAAAUUGGCAGUAGCUGAUUUUGGCGAGGAUCACAUCAGUACUGAUUUGGCGGACGAACUAAAAACAGAACCUGAACUAUGGACUGUUUUAGACAGCGAGUUCAAGAGCAAAAUAGAAAAAUUGGAUGCUGAAGAGGAGGACAGCGAAAUAGAUUCAACUCCACCACCUAAAAUGCCCCAAAAUGUCUUGGGCUUAGACCAUGCCCAAAUUUUGAGCCAUAUAUUGAAAGGUAAAAAGGCAGCAGAAGGGGCUCAUAGAAAAAUGCAAAGUGAUAGUGCAGACAAUUUUGUUGAAAAAGUCGAUGAAAUUCAAGCCCAGUGUGUUAGUCAAGAAGAUCAAAGACAGGCUCUGAGACAGUUCUUGCGUUCUAGAGAGAUUUUGAAAGAUAAACUACGGAAAGGCGAGAAGAACUGGACGACUGACCAGGAAUAUUUGCUGUCGCAGCAAAAGCAAAUGUUCUUGCAGAACUUACAGGCACUAGACGAGGAAAUGUGCGAAGAAGACUAUGUGCCUGAAUAUGAUGAGGAACCAGAAAAAAGUUAAUAAAGCAAUUUAU